AUGCACCCACCGUCCUUCAGGCAGCUCCUCGUUGCCUCCACCGUCCUCUGCUUCUGCCUCUUCCUCUACGGCAGGCGACUGUGGUCUACACACACGACAGGCGUCCACGACGAGUGGGCGAAACCACCACCUCCACCCCCACAACCACAGCCACCGUCGUCCCCUCCAGAACAACAAGAUCAAGCAUCCUCGGGUGGGGAGCAUCAAACCCCUCUGCAACAGGUGCCAUGGCACUGGAACGACUACACAAGCCUCGACGCCUUCUAUCAUGGCAUCCGCACCCUGGUCGACUACUCGAGCUGGAUUCCUGAACAGAGCAAGGACUCUGGUGAUGUCAGGAUUCUCGACAAGGUCCCCUUUGAUCCCGUUCCCGCCAAUCCUUAUACCCAGCUAGAGGACGUCCAAACCUGCUACCUCGACGCCCACGACACCGUUCCUGCCCCCGAUGUCUUCUCCUAUCCUGGCAUCCCCGCCUAUAUGCCCGCUCCUUACUUUGGUGCCUACGAGAACCUCGGCAUGGCUCCCGACCAAUGCUGGGAACGCUUCGGUCGCCUCGGUCCCUAUGGAUACUCGUACCCCAAGUCCAAAGGCGGCUUUGGCCUCGAGACGCCGCCCGCCGACGAGCCUGUUCUCGACCGCAUGAUCAAAAAGUACGACUACACUGACAUCAACUGGGACACGGUCCAGAAGAGGUGCCUCGAGAAGAACCGCGACCGUUUCGUCACCGGCAAGGACGCUGCCAAGGCUGCGGGGGGCCUCGGGCGUCUGUGGCCUCAAUCAGGCAAGGACACCAAGAAGCCUCUGGCCCGAAAUGUCCUGAUCCUGCGCGCCUGGACCGGCAUCGAGUGGACACCCAUGCGCAUCAUCAACACCAGGGCCCUGAUCACUGAGCUGUCCCUCAAGUCCGGUGGUCAGUUUGAUGUCCACAUCCUCAUGCACAUUGUCGACGAUUCCAUCGAUAUUUCCAACGAGGCCACGGCCAAGAAGAUGGUUCGCGACAAUGUGCCCGAGGAAUUCUGGGACAUCACCACGCCGUGGUCGGUCCCAGACAUGGCUGCCCGCUACCCAGGGUUCCGCGACGACAUGACUCUCGAGAACGACAGCCACAAGCCCAUCUACAGCGUCUACCGCAUCCCCCAUUUUGCCCUUCAGUGGUUUGCCCAGCGCCACCCCGAGUACGAGUAUUUCUGGAACUGGGAGCUCGACCUGCGCUUCACCGGCCAUUACUACGAGUUCUUCGAUUCUGCCGCCAGGUGGGCCGACAAGCAGCCCCGCAAGUAUCUCUGGGAGCGCAACGAGCGCUUCUGGAUUCCGGGCCUCCACGGCCGCUGGCAGGAUUUUGUUGAUCUCGUCGAGAAGGAGACCAUCGCAAGCAGGGAGGCCAGCCCCUGGGGCCCGCUCCUCAACGAGGGCAUCGUCGAUACUGCCACCUACCCGCCCACUACCAUCGAGCGAGACAACUACGAGUGGGGUGUCGGCGAGGCCGCCGAUCUCGUCUCUUUCAGCCCCCUGUUCGACCCAGCCAAGAACGCUUGGUCUCUGCGGUACGAUAUCACUGGCUACAACGACACUGUCCCUCCCCGUCGCACCUCCAUCAUUACCAUCGGUCGCUUCUCGCGCCGCCUGCUACAGGCCAUGCACGAGGAGGUCUCGCGCAACAAGCACACCAUGUUUCCCGAGAUGUUCCCUGGCUCCAUUGCACUGCACCACGGCCUCAAGGCCGUCUACAUACCCCAUCCUAUCUAUUUCGACCGCCGAUGGCCCCUCGACAGGCUCGACUCCGUCUUCAACCACGCCGAGACUCCCGAGCUCAGCGUGUACUACUGGCCCUUCACCCCGGGCACCUCGGAGCACAACUUCUUGACCUCAACAUACUACUACAACACCGAGUUCGGUCCACAGCUGUGGCACCGGUGGCUCGGCCAGGAGGACGCUGGUCUGGGCGGUCCUGAGUUGGAACAGGAUACAGGUCGCAUGUGCUUGAGGGGCGUCUUGAUGCAUCCCGUCAAGUUCGACUUCACCUCGGACAAGGCUAUCGGUGCGACAUGA